AUGCUUCCCAACGCUGAUCACGAGGAGACUCAUCUGGACGCUUUCAGCUCUGCCUUGGUCGACUUCAUAAACAGUCUUCCAAAAGGCAAAGGAAAACGUGACUUCAUCGAUCAAUGCAGAGUUGUAGGACCUGCAUACACCUUGUUGGAACAUGAUCGGAUACAGUCUCGGAUCGAAGCAGAUGUUCAGGCGAGGAAAAAGCUCAGUAAUCCUGUGCAAAAAGCCUUUUUGCGCAUCUCGAAGGCACUCUUAGCAUACAGCUCGUUCCUGGAUCAAAUAGCUUCCUCGGGACCAAUGCCAUGCGUAGAAAAGCAACAUCAACUAGCGGAAACCAUGGGAGAGCACCUUAGUACUGUUGCGGAACAGAUCGAACGGAUCCCGGCAUUUGAUAGACUAUAUUGUCGCUCGCAUCGGAUGCAGCAGAUCUUCCUUCAAUCAUAUAAAAACAUAAUCACGUUCUGGCAUCGUGUGAGCAAAGAGUGUGGUCGAUCUGCUCUCGAAAGAGCGAAGACGACCUUCUCUGCUAAGUCACCUUCCGAUAAAAUCCUCGAGAUCGUGGCGGAACUACGGAAAGAUGUAGACAAAAUUCAAGAGGAGGCAUCUCUUUGCCGAGGAAGAACGCUUGAGGAAAUACGUCAGGUGAAUGAAAAGGAGCAGGCAGCUGCCCGGGACCACAGAGAGUGGGAGACGCAACGACACGCAGAGAAAGAAAAUCGAGAUGACGGUAUAUUCAAAUCCUCAUUUCCUGUCCAACAAGCAUCUAACUGUGUUCUAGACGAUCUCAGAUCCAUCAUCCGGAACCAGCUCCUUGAGACGAUCAAAAGGGAAGACGCAGACAAUCUGGCACGUUUUGAAACAUUACGACAAGAACAUCAAACAGGGACAUGCACCUGGCUCACCGAGGAUUCGCAAUACAUCGAAUGGAUGAUGUCAACAACGCCUCAGUCGAAUAUGCUCUGCAUCAAUGGACCUCCCGGAUACGGAAAGUCGGUAUUGACCCAAUUUGCGAUCAAGGACAUCACGACGCGGUAUCCCGAAGCCCCAGUCGCAUAUUACUUUUGUCAAUUCUCUCACCCGUGCGACGAUGAGAUGAAGCUUUUGCGUAUGCUCGCCAAGCAACUAUUUUCAGCCUACUCUCGUCGCAGGAUACGUAUCGAGCGCGACUUUCGCCGUAGAAUCGAGGAGGCCCUCGAUGCCGGAUCACAGAAAUUGGUUGUCAUCGUGAAGGAACUUGUCGUUACGCUCGCGCCGGCAUAUUUGUUCAUCGAUGGAAUCGACGAAGCGGAGAACCCUGGACCACUUCUACGCGUCGUGAGCUCGUUGAUGCGCCUGUGCGACACCGUCCCGGAUUGCAUCCGCCUCUGGUGUGCAAGGCGACAGCACAAGGAUAUCAUCCAUCCCACCAACUCCACCCAUCUUUCAGACCGCGUCCAUCUUUCAAUCGAUCUUGGAACGCGCAUCAAUGACGAUGUCAAGCGCUUUCUCGAGAGCAGGUUUACUUCGCUCCAGGAUAGGCUCUCGAGCUACGAAACCGAAGGUCUUGACCUGGAUAGCAAGCUUCGUCUUGCCGUAGCUCGCAUGCAAUUGACCGACAAGGCACAGGGUAACUUCCUUUGGGCCAAGCUCAUGACGGAGAGCUUCGACUCCGAUGAGACGAAUACUACCAUGAUCACCAAGGGUCUAGUACAGGAGAGCGAGUCUAGUCUUCCUCAGGACAUAGAGUCACUUUAUGUAGACUUAUUCCUCAGGAUCAAGAAAGAGGACCGAAGAGUCGCAGUGAAGGUUAUCUCGUUGAUGGCAUUUGCACGACGAGUUCUCAGCAUUCAGGAGUUGCAGGAAAUCUCGUCGUUGUUGAUGUCCCAGGGGAAAAACAAGGAGAGCGAAGGAGAACGUCUGCGGAAACUACGUCCACAGGCCUUCGUCGCUAGAUACACUCCCAUACACCUCGUACAAGUCCAAACACCGACUUCGGAUUCUGCUCCAUCGCCGGAGACGUGUCGCUUCGUCCACGCGAGCGUCCUCGACUUCCUCAAGACAAGACCUCGAAACGGACCUGCGCCUUCUGACGCUGAUGAAAAGGCGAAAGAAGCUCACUCGUUCUUCUCCCAAGUCACUCGACACACAAUUGCCGACGCUUGUCUUCUCUAUCUUUCUCGCCCGGUUUACUCGCACUUGCUCUGCAAGAAAAGUCAAAAGGACGAUGUCAAACGGUGGCUUGACAAAGACAAGAACUCGGUCGACACCCAUCAUUUUGCGCUAUACGCGGCGAAAUACUGGGAUAAGCAUCUGGAGGCUGACGACGUCCUGACCUACGCAACGUCCAGGAAGGACGACAUUCGUCUACGCGUCAAGAGCUUUAUGUCCAGUCCAAACUUUCAGACAUGCAUGCAGAUGCAAAUGCUGUGGGUGGAUGGGAAAUUCGACGUUUGGUAUGUUAGAGGGGAGCCUAGCCUUCUUCGAUCCAUGCCAAGAUGGCUAAUGGUCGAAGAGACGGACCAUGGAGUGCGUCGCCCCCUUGCAUCCAAAUACCUCGUCGACUUCCGGCAACUGCUUCACGACUGGCAGAACUUCCUUAGCUGUGGAGGCUGUCACGGAGAACAUAUCCCGGAAUGCAAAUUCCUUCCAUACCUGGGGGAGAUAGAUCGUAUUUGGUGGGGCUCGCUGGGGAAGGAUAACUUCUUCUCUGAGUUCGCCGGCAGGUAUACUUCGUUUAAAUUCGCGGACAGUUCAGAAGGGAAUACAUUCCGCGUCGGAAAGGAGUACGGAGCUUUGAACAUUGUGGGGAAUAAGUUCACGUCCCUCAGAAUGAAUGCGUGGAAUCACCAAGACGGAACUCUCAUAUUCACAUGCGAGCAGUGGAUUUCAAAUCGCGCCAACACAGCACCUGUCAUUCAGAAAACACAGGCUCUUCAGACAAACGAAAGAGUAUCCAACUGGCGCACGUACACACGCCGUUAUCUUGACGAGGCACCCAUGCUUCUAGCUCUUCCAACCAUGAUCAGUGACGAUGGGGGCAUGCUGCGUAUUGGUGCUCACCUCUAUGUCCUAGAAGAGGAUGACCAAUUCAGAGAAUUGAUGCAAAACGAUAAUCCGGAGCAUGCUCUACCCACCUAUUUCGAUGAGGUUGCUAGAAGGGUUUCACUCAUCGCCGUGGGCUCCCGCGGAUACGCAGCUGCUGAAGCGCUUCUCAGUCCGUACCGUACCCUGGAAAACUUCGGACGUGACCUCCAAUUUCUGGAGAAGCUUUCAUGCAGGUCGUCCACAAGCUACGACGAGGAGGCUUCAGAAAGCGAAGAGGAAGAAGACUAUGACGCCAGCUCUUCGGAUUCCGACAUCGAUGAGGCCUACGAGUCGUGGAGUGAAGGAUCUACUGAGAAUGGGGAAGAGUUGGACUCAGAUAUUGAGUCGGAUGAGUAUCUAGAUGACUCCUCUGAGGAAUCAGAGGUGUCAUCUGGCUCACAGAGUGAAUACGAAGAUGAUUCUGACUCCACUGCACCAGUAGGUACCGAGGGAGACAUAAGACUCGAGACAGGUGGGGCCGAAGAAUCACCUGACGUAACCUCCGUGUCAGGACCCAGUGUAGAGUCACAGCACGGCGGAGAUGGGGAUGAAGACGGGCGCACCACAGACGAGCAGGAUACUGAAGCAGAUACCGAUGAAGACGAGGAAACAGCAGAGUCGGACAGUGACGAAGACGAAGAAUCAGACUCAGACACGGAUUCCCUCGAACUGCCCUCGAGUGACGCAUCGUCUGACGAACUGCCGCCCCUCGAAGAAAUAAUGCAAGAGGGGGACGAAGAAGACAUCGAGCAGAUAUUUGGGCGCUUGUUUGACAAGCUCAUGCAAAUGGACAGCAUGUCCAAUGAUGCCCCAAAUCCGAACGCAAACGCUAUGCGGAAGCAGAGGGCCGAGAAGGGAGCAGACGUUUGUCUGACGGUCUACGACAUCAGCGAACAUAUUCCACGAAGAGUUUUUCACCUUGUUCAGCAUUCGAGUAUACCUCUCUAUGCAUCUCCACCCGUCAUUCAUCCGUACAAGGCACUCGUGGUGUGGCCAUUGGGAUCGGGAGACAUCCUGUUUGCUGACGUGGAAAGCAGCACUUAUUUUACGAGGAAAAUACACUUAUCUUCGCCAUACACGCGUCGCAUAUCGGUCAAGCUACACUUCUCCUCAUGCGGGAUGUAUCUCCACAUCGCUUCUUUCGAAGCUCAGGUUAUCAGACGCAGGAUGCCAGGAGAAAAGCGGCGCACCAACGAACUGCAACUCUUUUUGAUGGUCUCGACUUAUCGCCUCUCUGCUCGCAAGACGACACGAAGUCCACCUGCUCUCAUACAUCGCGUCAAACUUCACCUGGGCGGGCGGCUCGCGCUCACCGUUCCCCGUCUACCCUUCACGUUGACAUGGACGGAGAAUACCCUAUACGUAACGGAGAGAGACCAGCUACUCAGCGUCAUCAGAGUUCCUUUGUUCCCUCCGGGACAUCCGAACACUGACGCUGGUCAAAAGAACGCUCUAUUGAAACCGAAGAACACGAUACUUCUUCCGAGUACCGCUAAUGCGCGGGAUGUCCACUUCGUCCCAUGUACAGACGGACCUGGAGCCUAUAUCGUCAUUGGUUUCGAGUCGGGAAAGCAGCAUGUCAUCGACCCAGUGAUGGACAAGGCAGUAGAUGAUGAUCCACUAAGUGAGGAGGCAGAUUUGGGGCUGAUGUCUACAGCAGAUGAAUCGGAGAUGCCGCUUAGUUUAGUAAAGGGAGAGAAGCACUUCCGGUCGACUCCGGUCGGGUGUUUUUUGAAGGAGAAGAAGCACCUGGGAGGAUGGGUCCCAUCAGAUGCAGACGUGCCGGUGGACAGAGGGAAUGGAGUGAGUAAGCUCGAGCUGCGGAAGGAGAAAUUCGACCCGAUAGAGGACUGCGAAAGGCAUGGAAUGCAGUCGAACCUUUCCUCAGGUUUCAGUAGCUGA